AAGUAACUCCCUUUCAUGUCCACACAAAUUUCUCACUAAAUCAGUUCAAAAAAUGGUUCCAACUACAUUCUCUACUUCCCAAGAAUCACCAUGGCAACAGCUUCAGCUGUUCCAAAGACUUUACCUUCAUUUCUUCCCAAUCUCCCUUACCCAAGAACAGGAACUCUCUCUCAAAUAAAGUUGAAAUCCUUACAAACCCCACAUAGAGUCCUUUCUCAGCAGCCCCAUUUGAGCUCUAAUGGAGUUCAAAUCAUCCCUACCAAGAGAAAUGAAAUGGGUGUUAAGAGAACUCACGCUAGUAGAAGAUUUCUUCUAGUCAGGUCCAUGGGAUCAGAUAGUAGUAUUACCUCCACAGGGUUAUCAAACAAGGUGGUGGGAGUAUUGCAUUUAGUAGUUUCACUUGGAAUCAUACUGGCCAUGGAUAAGUUGUUAAAGAAAGCAUUUGUGGCUGCUGCUAUUAAGUUCCCAAGUGCUUUAUUUGGAAUGUUUUGCACAUUUACUGUGUUAAUGGCUCUUGACUCUGUUGUUCCUAAGGCUGCAGCAGGAUUGAUGAACUUCUUUGAGCCUGCACUUUUGUUUAUCCAGAGAUGGCUCCCAUUGUUUUAUGUACCUUCGUUGGUUGUUCUCCCUCUUGCUGUCAAGGAUAUUCCUGCAGCUUCUGGGGCCAAGAUUUGUUUCAUUCUAGUUGGAGGCUGGUUGGCUUCACUUUGUGUUGCGGGUUUCACAGCUAUAGCUGUGAGGAAAAUGGUAAAGACCGAGAUGAUACCAGCUGAGCCCAUGUCAAAGCCUUCUCCCUUUUCUUCUUUGGAGGUGUGGACUUGGAGUGGGAUCUUUUUGGCGUCAUUUGUUGGUGCACUUCUCUAUCCAACAGCGCUGGGAACAAGUGCUAGAACAUGCUUACCCUUUCUACUUUCAUCUACUGUAUUAGGCUACUUAGUUGGGUCAGGGCUUCCAUUGGCUGUAAAGAAGGUUUUCCAUCCGAUUAUCUGCUGUGCAGUCUCAGCAGAUCUUGCAGCAAUUGCUUUUGGAUAUCUUUCUCGGUCUGGACUUGAUCCAGUUCUUGGGGAUUAUCUUACAAAGGCCGCAUCUAAUCCUGGAGCUGGUGACAUUCUCAUGGGAUUUUUGGGAUCAGUCAUUAUCUCCUUUGCCUUCUCAAUGUUCAAGCAGAGAAAGCUUGUUAAACGGCAUGCUGCUGAGAUUUUCAGCUCUGUCAUUAUAGCAACGCUAUUUUCGCUAUAUUCUACCGCUCUCAUUGGACGGCUGAUUGGGUUGGAGCCAAAUUUAACUGUAUCAAUCCUACCACGAUGCAUAACUGUCGCACUAGCUCUCAGCAUUGUUUCUUUCUUUGAAGGUGCGAAUUCAUCUCUCACAGCAGCUGUUGUUGUACUAACUGGUUUGGUGGGAGCAAAUUUUGUUCAGGCAGUGCUGGAUAAACUUGGCUUCAAUGAUCCGAUUGCUCGAGGAAUUGCAACUGCGUCAAGUGCUCAUGGGCUCGGAACAGCAGCUUUGUCAGCAAAGGAACCUGAAGCGCUUCCAUUCUGUGCUAUUGCAUAUGCCCUCACUGGUAUAUUUGGUUCCCUUGUGUGCUCUGUUCCCGCAGUAAGACAGAGCCUACUGGCAAUUGUCGGUUGAACUGGCAGUCUUCACAUCCAUCUUUUCUUCAUACCAAUUCGAUUAUUCUUUUCGGAUGAUGCCAGCAAAAUCAUCUCAGCUAAGGUUCACAAGGUAAUCAAUGACGCGCUGUUUCUUGACAAUGUUGAAAGGGAAGAUGUAUGAUGGUGUUUAUAAAGUUUUCAUUGUUUUUGGAUCAUUCAAUGAUUAGGAACUUUCCUGUCUAUCUAUCUUUGGGUUUACUUAGGAUCUGUAUAGAGGUAAAUAUCCACCCCACCUUUGUAUUUUUGUUUUCUCUUGUAAAUUGGCAUGAAUUGCUGCUUCUAUCGUGAAAGUAAGCACAUCUGAAAUAACAUGAAACCCAUGUGCAUUUGUGAUCUUAA